AUGAUUUGUAAUGUAACGAAAAGUGUGUCUAUUGGCAGGAAACUUAUCGAUGUUGAAGUUGCCGUCUCAGCUGAUGGUAGUUUAGUGAGAAAGAUGACGGUAAAUGGCGUCGCUCCUAUUCAUACUUCAGAUAGUCUUGAGGACGACGAGAAGGUUUCUGCUCAGGAUUUGAUUGAUUUCACACCAGUCCAUAGAUGCUGCCAAAUCUUCAAUGUUUUGGGAUCCAAAGAGGAAUUUGAGGUCUAUUACCGCCAACAACGAAAGGAUCAGUGCAAUCUUGUUAUUGAACCGCCUUCUAAAAUGAAUUCGUUGAAGCAUUAUGUUGACUAUCUGGACGAAAUCAUCGGCUUUUUUGUCGUCGAAGAUCACAUCAUUAUCACUGAACCGACUCUUGUAACGUCUUCCCACAAAGACCAACUUUGGGAGAGCGCACUAAAAACGGUUGUGCACACUAUGAACAGUCGCUUUGGUGGGUGUCCGGAUGUCGAGAUGAUGUUGCGAAUGAAGAAGGUCAUUCUCUUAUUCGCAUUGACGAUGAAAUCAUACGGUUAUAGCAUUGCUCCGUUAUACUCACUACUGCAAAAUUUUAGAGACCAGUACAAUGAGAUUCUCAUGAGUGAAUAUUGUUCUCAAUUCGAGCGUGACCUUGAAAAGGAUAACUACGCACCAGUUAUUGCUGAAAAUGAGAAAGAGUUCCGUUCGAUCAUUAAGGAAUUUCCGUUCUACAAAAGAAGUAUAGAACAGAUCACAAUUAAUAUCGGAUAUUUGGAGAAGUCGUGUGAAUCCCUAGGAGUGUACAUCACAAAGCUCACUAAUGGAAGCGACAUAAACGUCUCGAUGAGUGCUCACCAACUCUCGUUGUCAGAAAGAGUGUUCAGGGAUGCGAGAAGUGAGGUUGGUUUCUGA